AUGGGCCAGAUCCUGUUAUCCGAAAACGGACCUGUAAGCAAGUCUCAAUAACAAAUUCCGUCCUAUUACUGGCUGCCAGCUGAGAUGACAGUUAGACAUACUCCGGGCAGGGGCACAUUUGGGCUGGGCUUCUAACAUUCGUUAGUUAUUUAAAACAACAGAUAUCUGUCUAUCUUUACACAGCGCAAUGCCUGGCCAGGGAGCAACAGAGCAAAGGGAAUCAACUGGCACAUUCCAAGCCCCAGCACAUCAUGGAAGGCGAGAGAUUGGCCUUUGGACCCAGCAAAUCUAAAGCCUCUGGCACAACCCCUUCCUCUCCCCUCUCCCAAACACCCUGUUUUGAGAAUUUCAACUGCAUUCUACUGGUGGGAUAAAUGCUGACAGUAGGAGCCUCCAGCUAUUCACUCCCACUAUGCCCCAGCCAUCAAUAUUGGGGUAGGAUUGUACUGCAAAUUAGUUUUAUUUAUUUUUUUGGCACAUAUUAUUGCAUCUAGUGCAUAAUAUUGCUUAGUGAAUGUUGAUAUUUACUGGUAAAGGUUAGUUAAUUCAUUUUUUAAAAACUAGCAUGGUACAUUUUCUUUUUCUUUCACUGAAAAGGCAUGAAAAGGUAGGGUGACAUUUGGCAGCAUACUGUGAAGACACUGCAUUGACUUUGAAAUUUACUGGUCACUGUGUCAGAAGGUUCUACUUCCUGUUUCUUAAGCAUAGAAUCAUAGAAUUAUAGAGUUGGAAGAGACCACAAGGGCCAUCGAGUCCAACCCCCUGCCAAGCAGGAAACACCAUCAGAACACUCCUGACAUAUGGUUGUCAAGCCUCUGCUCCAAAGAAGGAGACUCCACCACACUCCUUGGCAGAAAAUUCCACUGUCGAACAGCUCUUACUGCAGUCACUGAUUCACAAGAGUGCCUCUCAUCUUACUCUAUGACUUGCUAAACUAGCUCAGGAGUCCUCGUAGAGAUACAUUAUCAAAGCUUUUCAAAAGUCUAAAUACUCAGUGUGAAAUGGAUAGCAUUGCAAAUCCUUGUUUACACUCUCAAAUAACUCUAAAAGGUUAAUGACAAAAGCCAUGAUUUCCACUUGUUUUUUCCAGAACAUGCAUUAA